UGAACGAGGACGUCCUUAAAAAAACGCUCAUUUCACUGCGAGCAGACACAGGGCGAAAACACCCAUGUCGUCCACCCGUUUUGACCCCACGUGAUCGAGUUGCUGAGCUUUGUCGUACAAGUUUCGCUGAAACAGACAAAAGCAGACGACGGCUGGAUGUGUGUCGUAAUAGGCGCUGCGUAGUGGAAGUGUCUCGAUGUGGGACAGAAUGUGCAAAAGCGACUUGUGGUACUGUCUCGGACUUUGCUUAUUCUGGGUGCAGCUGCUUCGAACGGGAGCUGCCUCUCAUGAAGCCUCUUCAUCCCCGACAAGUAGGAGUCUCAACCCGUUAUUCCUGUCGUCUAUCCAGACUAUACUCGCGACUACGAAUGAUGACGUCACAUUAACGUGUCUGGUGGGAAAUCUCGGAUCCCAUAAGGUCACAUGGUACCGUGUUGAGGGAGGCGAGUUGCUGACGUCAGAUACGACUGUGUUGACAUCAGACCCCAGAGUGGAAUCUCUGCACCCUAGGCCUUCCGAGUGGCUACUGGUCGUCCGAAGGGUCAGGCCGGAUGAUUCUGGCGUGUACGCAUGCGCAGUGGACACUUUACCAUGGUUGACGCAACUAGGGUCACUGGAAGUUCAUCAUCGUUCUGGUAACCGUCACCAUGGCAGUCACCAGAGGAUCGUGAAUCUCCAGGGGAAAAAGGGAAGAAUCAGAAGACGACCGAAAAGACGGCGACACCGUUACGUUCAAGAAACGCAGGACAGUAAAGACGUAGCUGUGAAGAAAGGUGAACCCUACUUUGCCGAAACUAUUCCCAGCCUAACAGUGGCCGCUGGUAGAAACGCCGUCCUCAAGUGCGUCGUCGAAAGCCUCGGAAAUUAUACCGUGGCCUGGCUGAAUGUCGACAAGCAGACUCUACUGGCGCUCCAUACUCACGUGAUCGUGCAGAAUGAAAGGAUCCGGGUCAGCCACAGCGCCCAUCGGACAUGGCAGCUCGAGAUUCGGGACGUCCGUCCUGAAGACACUGGAUAUUACAUGUGUCAGAUCAAUACACGACCCAUGAAGACGCAAGUCGGCUACCUUAACGUUGUGGUGGCUCCUUACUUUGUCGACGCGUUUACCACGAGGAACCUGACGGCUCGCGAGAACAGCAAUGUGAGCUUCCGAUGCGAGGCACGUGGAAACCCUCAACCAAAGGUCACUUGGAGAAGAGAAGACGCACAGCCUUUCCGCAUCGAUGACGAUCGUGUGACGGUAUACCGUGGGGAAGUGCUCCGGUUCCCGCGUGUGUCCCGAUCUCAUAUGGGUACCUACCUCUGCCUCGCGUCAAACGGCGUACCGCCUUCUGUCAGCCGACGAAUCCUCCUUGAAGUAUCUUUUCCUCCCAUGAUCUGGGUUCCGAACCAAGUGGUGGGAGCUCCUAUCGGCACUAGCGUCGUACUGGAAUGCCACACGGAAGCCCACCCUGCCUCGGAGAACUUCUGGUUCCGCGAUGGCCGACGUCUUGAGGCCUUCGCUCCAAUGGAAGAGACCACGGAGGAGGGACGUCAUAGCGGCCGCCGGAAGAAGCUAAAGAAGCACGAGGCGACAGUCUCCAAGACAGGACUCAAGGUCUACAUGAAGCUAACCUUAUGGAAUCUGAAACAUGAAGACUACGGAACGUACCACUGCAUCGCCCAAAAUGCACUUGGGAGAACGGAAGGCAAAGUUCAACUUCACGAAAUCAGUUCGUCAUCUGGUCGAACGGAUCCGCCAGUGGAGAUGUCAACAGGAACGUCAUCGUCUGCAAAUGACGUGGAUGAGAGGGCGUUGUGGGAACCACCAACGAAAGCGAAGAUCGCAGGUGACGUACAGAAAGGAGGUGAAGGAGGAAGAGCAGUGAAACACUUCCAAGAUUUUCGUGAGAACCGCUUCGAAUACGAAUCUUCCCAUCAUCCUACAACAGUAACCGACAAGAACGCAGGAGAUCAGCGUCUGCAUUUGUGCCAUCAUCACCGAUGGAGGGUGAUAGCUGUGGUGACGAUAGUCCUGUUGUUGAGAUGGUAGACUACGUGUCUGGUGAGAGUGAAAGUGGUGAAGGACACAAAUCUCCUACCGAACGCAGCUGGAAGACUUCAUCCGUCGACAGAUGUUACUGUACAGCAUUCCAGACUAGUCCGUAACUUGGGAGACGACCGAUGAUAGUAAAUGACAUGGGAGGUAAUAUGUACGAUAAGGAAAUAUGAGUCCGGUUCCUUGAAGUGAUAUGCUGUGUUGUGGGGAAAAAAUACAUUGAGCGUGUCGUCU